AUGGUGUCAAGGAUAUCUGCCAGCAGAAGACACUGUCUAUUAGGUUACACCUUCCGUGUGGACUACGACAUCUGGACAACGGGAGGAUCCCAAAUCUCCUGUGGCGAGGUUGAAAGUCCAUUUCGCAAAUUGGCGCCAACUCUGUAUCCUUGCCUUAUGACGACUUCACGCCUGAUUCCGUUAAUUAUUUUCGGCUUACAAACACCUUACCUUUGCGCGGAGAUUUCAUGGGGACAUAUGGCGUCCGAGUCACGCAGUCCAGUCAUUCCGGCUAAUCUCGUCGAAACUUUGCCAGAACUCCACCCCUUUACCGAAAAAGGGACGCGGAAUCGUGGUGAUCUGGACAGUGUCUCUGUUGGCGACAGUUGGCGUUCUUUGUGUCGAGCGAAGCGGGAGAAACUACAAGCGGAACUUUCAAGCGGUUUCGAGACCCGUUUCCAACUAACCGGCAAACUUCUGGACAGCAAGUGGAGACUUGUAAGGGAACACCGAGCCAACGGUAUCGACAACAAACAGGAACUGCAAAGGGCGAACGAUGGAACGAAUACUAUGACGCCUUUAACCGAAAAACAAAUAGUGUCUACCAUACAUAAUGUGCUUCUGGUAUUAAUAAAAAAGGACUUUGAUGACAAGAAUAAUCUGUUCGAAAUGUUUAACAGCGCAAGCGCUGUUACCACUUCAGAAAUUUCGGUCCAACAAAUUAAACAAGAACCGAAGAUUCAAGAUAUAAUCAGAUCUCAAGAUGCUCAACAUGUUCAAUCUGAUGAUGAUUCUUCUUCUUUUUCUGAUAUCUCAUUAAAAGAUAUUAAGAAAGAACGAGAGAAUUCUUUCAAUACAUUACAAAACGUUAAGAAGUGUAUUUCACAAUCGAAUCCUGCGAUUUACGUCACCAACAUUAGCAGAUCCGAUACUUUUAUUCGCGAAGAAAAUCCAAAGGACACUAACGAUGAGGACGUUUUUAAAAAUCUCACAGAUGCUGAAAUGAUUGGUGAAACAGAUUUAUCAAGUGAUCUUUGUCAAGUAUCAUUUAAUGAAAGAAAGUCUAAUUUAUCAAGUGGUUUUUUUCAUACAUCAUUAAAGGAAAUACGGAAGUCUGUUAUGGACAUUAUGACAAAACUGAAUGAUUUAGAACAAUCAUUUUCACAAUUGACAAACUCACCAAGGGAAGUAACGGCAAAAGCUAAAAAAUCAUGUUUAGUAAAUAGACAUCGCAGUCCCGACUACGUUUCAGUUCAGACCAAAACAUCGAUUAACAAUCACAGAUCAAGUAGUACUUCCUCUAAAACAUCAAACUCUUCUAAACAGCUCGCAAAAGAAAAUACAUGUAUUUCCGAGAGACGUAAAAGUACUGGCGCAAUUGGGAAAGUCACACCUGUUAAAAAAUCUAACGAAUCUACAAACGUAAACAAUUCAGUAUCAAGUAUGGAUUUUUCACCGUAUAAACCAGUGGAGUCUUCCGAAUAUCGACCUAAGUUUACGAAAAAUCCAAAAUACGCUCAUGUUCGAAGUACUAUACCAAAAGCAAUUAGUCAAAAGAAAAAAUUCCAGUAAUUGUAAUGAUGCCGUCCAUGAAUAAACAUUAUACGCAUGAAUUUGUCUGCCGUAGGCUACACAAUGCUUUCUGAUUCUUCUUUUGCUAAGCGAAAGAACACCUUGCAUAUACUAAAUGCAGCGGCUAUGCGAGAAUGAGAGCAUCGAGUGCGCAACAGAAAUUGUUAAACUGAUCUAUAUUAUUUGAUCUUGGUCAAAUUUGACUUAAAAU